AUGCCCGGGGCUCCUGGCAAUCCACUCUCAAACAGCUCUUUUGCAGUGAAUUCCACCGAGUUCCAGGCGCCUAGAGAUUGCGACACUUCUCCAGACACCAAGUACGGCCUUCCAACAGCGUGUCUUGGUGCUUAUUUCGAUCAGGAUCUCGACGAGGACCUAAGUUACGCCCGAUUGAGCGCAGAGAGUCUUAGAUUCGUUCAACAGAUUGCCCCUCAGUUCAUUCAGGAGUCUAUUCCAGAGGAGUUCGAGCAUGAUAUCGACCCAGAGGACCCCUUCUGGAAACGACGCCGGCACCUCCAUGGGCGAUCGUUCGGGUCCUUCUUCAAAGGCAAAAUCUUGGAGCCCCUCAAGACAGUUUACAAAGCCACGCAACAAGCUAUCUCUCUUGGAGGUUCCAUCAACAAAGAAAUCUCCGAUCCCAAGACUAAGCAGGUCCAGUCUCCGUGGGGCGAUUCAAUCCUUCUGAAAGCGCUAGGCUCUCAGGGGGAUGACCCUGACAAAAAGGUCAACGCUCACAUGAACAUUUUCUGCGUCGGAUGCGGUGCGUCUGGUAUUGAUGCCCAGAUUUCGUACAAGCAGGAGUUCUACACCAAUUUGAUUAACGUUGCUUUACCUGGGUUGUCUUACGGUGUUGUUAGCAUCGGGCCACGUAUCAACGUCGGAUCACGCGUUGUAGUCGAAGCAGCGGCCAAGGGCAAGCUCCUGGCGGGCGCUGAGAUGGGCUUGCAGGACGCUCAUGUGCUCAUAGACUUCGUUAACUCGGGCAACAGCCAGAAGAGUGGCUGGGAGCCCUACUUCAAGCCGGUUUUCGAAGCGGACGGUGAGCUGAUGCUCUCCGCAUCACAUGGUCUGCCUAUAGGUAUCAAGUGUGGUCUUCAGAUCGCGUCAUGGGAUAAGACAGUAGGAAUCAUUGACGAGCCGUCAAUCAAGGGUGUUGCUCAAACGAAUGGCUGUACCGGCAUCAGCACACAACUUAGCUGGCGCAACAGACUCUACGUCGAAAUCUUGGGUUCGAAGCAGAUACCCUUGUUGGAUACCGAAGAUCGUCCACUGGCUCGGGGGUGUAUCCAAUUACCCUCCGGUAUCAAGCGCGAUGUUGGAUAUCGACAAACUUCUGAGCCAACGGGCCCGAUUGUUGACAUCACAGACAACUACAAGGGCGGCUCCUCCACCAUCUCUUAUGAGCUUCAGUCCCUUCCAAACGUGGCUUACAAUGAUACCAACGGAUACGACAGCGGCAACUUGUACGCAGUCCUCAUCGGUGGACCAGACAAUGACCUCUGCUCGGAGCUGUGGGCUACUCAAGAUGACGCCCUCAUCUACGACGGAGCCCAACGACUGAUGCACUACUGUGGCAACACCAUGACGAAGCUCGGCUUUUUCGGGGUAUGCGUCGAACCCGAAUUAGAGGGCCCUAUUGAUAGUGUCGUUGUCGCGUGGGCCCCUUACUACGGCGGGCCUGGACCUGAAGACUACUACUUCGUUGCUGUUGACCCUAUUGGCGAGUAUUUCUAUCCUGCAGUUUGCGACUAUGUUGAUGGACAAUCCUCGAAGCUUUUCUUGGUUCGCGACCCAGUUGCGGGGAUCGAGACCCUCAAGAGUCUUGAUCUCAUGUAUACUGUCACUGGUGGCCGGGUUGGUAAUUGCUUUGCCUUGGUGCUGAUGCAGGGUACCCUCGAUACAGCGAGCUACCUCAGCUUGAGCGAUGCUCCCGACAACUAG